AUGGACGGCGCGACGGCACACACACCAGACUACUAUGGCAGCAUAGUCGCGCUCGAAGGGUCGAGGGAUACCGUCUCGACCCAACUGCGACUGCUUCCAAGUAGUCCUAAGAUAUUGGUUCUACCCCCACUUCAACAUUUCAUGAAAGAGGAGGACGUGGAGUUGCCCUUUGAUGCCCGCUCGUUCAUACUCAAGAUCCAUGAGGCAUGCAGCGCCAGGGCUGAGAUGGCCCACUCGUUUUUACAAGAGUCUUCACCAGACGACAAGAGACUCGUGUUCAUGAACGGAGGCACCUCCAACGCUCAGAUGAGUUGUCUUUCGGCCAUCAGCCAACACACUACCGGUGGAGAUAUCGUGAAAGCCGAGCGCAUCUUCAAAGGGCUCGUUAGCGACGGAGUUGCGGGGCUGCACAUGCAAUGCGAUUCAAGGACGAGCCCGGGGCCAUAUCGCCAUGGCGGAAACAAACAUAAGGUUUCGGGAGAGGCAGCAGCUGGACACGGGGAUCCCGCAUCAGAGGCCAUGAAAGCUGCUGAGGCAUUGUAUCAAGAGACCGCAUCCUUGCAACCUAACAGCGACACCGACCUCGCAUCCAUCAAACACACCCGGAGCAUGAGCGUCCCUCUCCGUCGUAUCAUGGACGACGUGGAUGACGGAGCACCUUUCUAUAUCUUCGGUGCCAGCCAUGAGGAUGAUGAAGCUCAUUCCAUCGCUAGAACGUCAGGUGGCACACUUCGAGACCUCAACGUAUUGGACCUUGCGGAUUCGCGCACCCCGAGCCCUUCAUCAAUACGGCCGCGAACUGCUGCGGAGGAUCGUUGGCGAGAUCGGACCGUUGUACCAAGCUCCCCGAGCUGCACUGGAAUGCCUUAUGACCUCGCGACUCCACAGCUCGACUCGUUUGGUAGCAAGUUGAGCCUGCGUGGUGGCACAUUUGGAUCACUGCCCGGUACACCAGGGGUUUUCUAUGGAGAAGCAUACCUAGUUGACGUUCGAUCGUCACCCGCACGCAAGACACCGCAACGGCACAGGAGGAUAAGAUCGAUUGACAGGGUUUACGCAGGCGCCAUCCGAAACCAGGACAUCUCUGUGACCAGUGUGAGCCAGUCAUUGGCCUUCAUCACACAUGAAAGAAGCGUGUCUAACCCCGUCCCAAACACUCGCAAGGAGUCUGUCGAACCACUUCCACUGCGCUCUAAAUUCUACUACGAAGCCUCGAACACAGAGUCCAUGAAACCAAGUAAAACUACAGUUCGGAAGCCACCACCUACUCGGCUUGAUCUGGGCAAGUCUGCCUCGGCUCGUCGGUCUGGCAUUUACGUUGAUAAAGGUACCAACCCUGAAACACAUCUUGUAGCUAAGGGUACUUGGGCUGGUGGCUCCCGUAUUGGUAGCGGAGAGGGCUUUGGACUAGAUGCCGAUCUUCUCUUUGAGACGAUUCUACCCAUGGUCGAAGACCUCGUUAUUCAUCUCAAAGAUGAAGUUCAGGACUCCCUGCUCGAAUCUGUUAUUAAAGGGUUCAAGAAUGGUUCUUUCCCAGUGUUACCAUCUCAGUCACGCUGUGAAAGCCCCAGCAUGGUUGGAAUGAGCUUUCUGGUCACAGAUCAGUCAAUAGCAUCCCCAGCACCGUCUGACGGAAGCCAUUAUGAUCCAUUCGCAUCUCAUGAGUACUAUGCCAUCUCCCAGGCCCUAGGACCACCACAGGAAGGCAGCAACAAGCGAGGCUCGGCCAUCAUGGACGCGCCCCCAACGCCAGCACAGACGCCACCUCCAUCAACUGUUGUCGUUGAUAAGAGCUUCCACGAGUUUGCCACAACGGAUUGUAGUACGGCAGUCUGCGUCCAGAACUCACUGAGGUCAAUCCUUAAUAUCUACUUCUCCCCUGAGCAAGUAGGAUACCAUCAAUUCAACUUUCCGCUCCUACCCGAGCUCAGUAGUGUGUGGAAGCCGGUGUUCAGAGAGACUGAAGAUGGCAGCCCAAGAAGAAACCGUGGCAAGAUCGAUCUGCUUCUAGCUAUCGGAACCCAGAAAGGGGUCACCAGAGAGUUUCUAUCAGCCAUCACCAGUUCUCUUGAGAGAUUAGGUACCAAAUCGAGUGGAGCGAGGAGGAGUGGCAGGCUUGACUUGAGGUACCUCAUUGCGAAUGCCAUGCAGUCUUACACAUCGCAACCAUUGGCCAAGCAGACCAAGGAUAAUCCUUUCCACAAUCCUCUACUUCUUGCCACACUAAUUAUUCCUCAUCUGGAGAUGUACCUCGCGGCUCACAGCGGGACACGUUUCCUGCUCUUGGAGUACCCGCCCGAGCAUUUGGCAACUGUUCUCGCACUGCAGAGACUCGUAGGAGUUGAUCUGCUGAAGGUAGCUGGCAUUUUGAAUGCCGAAUCACCCGAAUUCAAGCAAAAUGCGCGGUUUCCUUCGCCGUCUAGAAGGGCCAAUCAUUCUAAUAACUCCUCCGUGUCGGAAGCGUCACAAUCUAGCUCUAAAUCAGGGGCUACUCUACUGCGGAGAACGGGUUCGAAGAUCUCUGGCGUCCCGUCUUUCUCGAAGGCGAAUUUCCUUCUGACGUCUUCUGCGAGUGACGCGGAAAUAGCCACGCUGAUCUCCACCAUCUGGAAGAUCCUGGUUGAUAUCUCGCCGUUCUACAUACCUGAAGGAAGUCCAACAGCACCAGCAUCAUCACACAGCUCUAGGACAGUAAUCAAGGAUACGAAGUUUGGCGCUUUGCCUUUUGGAGGAUCUGCCGUCGAUUAUGCCCCUUUCACCAAAGCUGCCGUCAUGAUGGGCUUCCAGUCACCCCCGGUGUCGCCAGCUUCAGACGAGAACGCCAUCACGCUGCCAUCACCAGGUACUAAGGAUACCCAAGGAGCCAAACACCAGGCAAAACCAUCGACUUCUUCAAUGGAAAGCUCGAGGACCGCGAGGGCGGGGUUGAGCCAGCGGACCAAGCUCCAGAAGCUACUAGCCCAGGAGGUAGCCGGCGAGGCCGACCGCCUGGCCGUCCGGCCUACAACCGUCGGGUCGUACUUUGACGUCUCUGAGGACGAGGAGAGCAAGUUAUAUGCCGACGAGCGCAAGUACGUGCCCAUGUACCUGAAGAAGCCCGAGGUCCGGAAGGGCAACAGUCGCAAGGCCCUGAAGUGGCUGGGCCUUGCCUGA